UUGUACAACACGGCGGUCUUUUGUUGACUGCGAGUUGAGCGCCGUUCGUGGCUAUGUUGACUUGAAAAGAUCCCCUCGCGUUCUUAGCAGGUGUGUGGUUGCCGGUCGAUAGGGACAUCCACUUAAAUACUGCAAAUCUAUUACUGAGCACAAGGGACAGAUCACACCGGAUCUUGAUCGUGAGCUGCUGAACUACGCUAGUAUUGUUUUUAUCAGGAGUUUUGUUUUUAGAAUAUAAACAGAAGGAUACUGUGAUAAGAAAGUUUGGCGGGGAGACUACAACAGAUUGUUGUCACACGCCGUAGUUGUUUUGGUGAACCACUACGCGCCAUACCUUAGGUUUUGUUGGUCAUGGAGCCGGACAAUGAACUGAAGCCACAGGUCGACGAUGCCUUCUUGAUGAGACUUGCAGAUCAGUUGGAAAACGAAUGGCGGCGCUUGGGCACGCACCUCGCCAUCAAGAAGGCGGAGGUCGACCGAUGUUUAGCCGACCACCCUGGGAACGAGGCGGAGGCCGUGUAUGCCAUGCUGGUCCUGUGGUUCACGCGAACUCGAGACAAAGGGCCGGGCGUCCAGACCAGGACACUGGCGGAGGCGCUCAAGAAGUGUGGCCGCAGGGAUCUGGCUGAGGCCGUAGAGGAAAGACACCCUGACUAGUAUUACGAUGUAAUAAUUACGCCCUCACAGAAACGUGCCCUCAGAAUCAUUCUUGGAAAUAAGUACACUUCCUAUACGAAUGCAUUCUCUACUUUUAACAUCUACACUCUAAAAGCCAGAAGGGAAUCAUUGUGUCUUAAAUUUGCAAAAUCUCUGUUGAAUUCACCAACGUUUAGACCCUGGCUACCCCACACCCGCAAUGAAGUACAUAAUAGGGACUUAAAAGGGGGUUUCCAGCUUAGCCUACCAUCUAUAAGAUCUGUAAGGUACAGGAACAGUGCUAUUCCAUACCUGUCAAAACUCUUAAACAGUUCUUCGUCUACUGUGUAAUCAUCCGACUACCAAUUGUAUAUAUUAUUGUUAUUUAGUUUGGUUAUGUUUGUAAAUAUUAAUGAUAUUUUGUACAAUUGUGUGUUCCCUAAAACUACGUAA